AGCACCCUCAAUAGUUAAUUGCGCAAUUAUGCGGUCGGCGAUGACUUCGGUUACCAUGUUGUUUAUAGACAACGUUUCUCUGUCAGUGGUCAGUAAAUUAUAAACUCAAGGAGCUGAAGAUAUCCGUCGAGGAGUCGAUAUCUUGAGCUAGGUUUAGACAUCAUCGGACAGAGGGUCUUCAAAUCAACGCAAAUCUUUUUUUUUUUACAAUCAUGAAUUGGCAUUAUAAACUGAUUUUAAGUUGAUAGACAAAAAUGGUGACACUUAAUUGUAACAAAUAUAUUGCGUUAACACGCUGCAAUAAGUGGGCAUAGUGGAGCAAGCAUUCUUUAGCAUUUUAUGAUCAUUCAGUCUCAAGGAAUCCAAUGACGCGCGUGACGCCUUUUCAGUUUUCAGUACCACGGACAGUUCCAGGCGCUGACAGCGUCUCCGCGCAAACUUCAUCCACUGAAUGAAACCUGAAUUGCAGUAGGCUAUGUUUUAAAUGCAGCAAUAGAGUAAUACGAAACUGUCACCAAGGAUACGAAGAAACUACAGGGACUUUAACCCAGUGUCUUGAGGGCUAUCCGCCUGGAAUUUGUGGAUGUGAGGUGAACUGGACAGGUCAGAUUGUGAUCUUCUCUAACAAGCGGGAGAUGGCAAUGAUGCUUGAGUUUGCCAACGCCUGGUUACACGCACACUGAAGACUGUUUGAAGUCUUCUUAGCACAUCUUCAGUACCAUCCCUUUCCAUUUAGAGAGAGGACCAAAGACUGCUAAAAAGGGAUUGACCUGAAAAGCAUCCAGACCUUUGCUCACAAUGGUUAAGAGGUCAAUUAAUUUUAGAGGUCACGGCCCCACCUGGCCCCUUCAUUUAUCUCUACUGCUGCUUUUAUUGGCCAGGACACCCCAGGCUUUGGCUGUCCCUGGCUACAACACUGAUGCCUCCAAGAAGGAGAUCAUAAUCGAGGGGGACCUAGUGAUUGGAGGCCUGUUUCCUGUUCAUCAUAAGGGAGAGGGGGCACAGGACUGUGGCCGUAUCAAUGCCCAGAGAGGGAUUCAGAGACUGGAGGCAAUGCUGCUAGCCUUAGACGAGAUCAAUCAAGAUGAUCAGAUUUUGCCUGGGGUAACGUUAGGUGCCCACAUUCUGGACACUUGCUCUAAGGACACAUAUGCACUAGAGCAGUCACUAGAGUUUGUGCGUGCUUCGCUAACGAAAGUGGAUGAUAGUGAGUACACAUGUCCAGAUGGAUCCUACGCCAUCCAUGACGAUGUUCCGCUUGCUAUUUCUGGAGUGAUUGGAGGCUCCUACAGUGAUGUGUCAAUACAGGUGGCCAAUCUCUUGCGUCUUUUCCAGAUACCUCAGAUCAGCUAUGCCUCAACCAGUGCCAAACUGAGCGACAAAUCCCGUUAUGAUUACUUUGCCCGAACUGUGCCCCCUGACUUCUACCAAGCCAAAGCCAUUGCUGAGAUUCUGCGGUAUUUCAACUGGACUUAUGUCUCCACCGUUGCCUCAGAAGGUGAUUAUGGUGAGACAGGUAUUGACGCAUUUCAGCAGGAGGCCCGGGCCCUGCAAAUUUGUAUCGCCACAUCUGCCAAAGUCAGUCGCUCCAUGGACCGCUACAGUUACGAAGGAGUAAUCCGAUCUCUGUUGCAGAAAUCCAAUGCAAAAGUAGUGAUACUCUUCACCAGAAGUGAAGAUGCCAGGGAGCUAUUAGUUUCGGCAAAGCACAUGAAUGUUUCCUUCAUUUGGGUGGCCAGUGAUGGCUGGGGUGCACAAGAGAGUGUGGUGAGAGGAAGUGAGAAUGUGGCGGAUGGAGCUUUUACCAUUGAGCUUUCGUCCUAUACAGUCCCUGACUUUUCAACAUAUUUCACAAGCCUCAAUCCUUACAACAACACACGGAAUCCCUGGUUCAGAGAAUUCUGGGAACAUCGCUUUCAGUGCAGCCUGCAUGAUUUUAACUGUGGGAAGCAUUCUCUCCGAGAUGGCAAAUUCGAGCAGGAGUCCAAGAUUAUGUUUGUGGUGAAUGCUGUCUACGCGAUGGCCCACGCCUUGCACAGCAUGAGGCAAGCAGUGUGUUCUAAUACCACAAAAAUCUGUAGUGCCAUGAAACCAGUAAAUGGAAAAAGAUUGUACAAGGACUACAUCCUGAGGACAAAAUUUGAUGCUCCUUUUCGCCCUGCUGAUACAGAGAACAUUGUUCACUUUGACGCUUAUGGAGACAGCCUGGGUCGCUACAACAUCUUCCAUUAUCACAAAGAAAAUGGCGAGUAUGUGUAUCGGAAAGUGGGGUACUGGGCCCAGAGUCUGACUUUGAACACCAGCUCGAUCCCCUGGGAAAGCCAAGUGGUGCCAACAUCCCAAUGCAGUGACCCAUGUCGGAAAAAUGAAAUAAAGAGCAUGCAACCAGGUGAUGUUUGCUGCUGGAUUUGCAUUCCAUGCCAGCCCUACCAGUACCUCCUGGAUGAAUUCACCUGUGCAGAUUGUAUCUUUGGACAGUGGCCUUUAGACAAUCUUACAGGCUGUUACAACUUACCAGAGGAGUACAUUCAUUGGGAGGAUGCCUGGGCUAUUGGGCCAGUCACCAUUGCUUGCCUUGGAAUCCUUAGCACGCUCUUCGUAAUCGGCCUCUUCUUAAAGCACAACGAGACUCCAGUGGUAAAAGCUAGUGGACGUGAACUUUCCUACUUACUUCUCCUAGGUGUCCUUCUUUGUUACUGCAUGACCUUCAUCUACAUCAGCAAACCCUCUGCUGUGGUGUGCACGUUACGACGGCUUGGAUUGGGCACCUCGUUUGCUGUUUGCUAUUCUGCGUUGCUGACCAAGACCAAUCGAAUUGCUCGAAUCUUCAACGGUGUCAAAGAUGGAGCACAAAGGCCAAGGUUCAUCAGUCCAGCCUCUCAGGUGGCCAUCUGUGCAGCUCUUAUCUCCUGUCAGCUCCUGGUGAUAGUAGUCUGGCUUCUGGUAGAAUCUCCAGGGGUCAGAAAGGAGGUCAGUCCCGAGAAAAGAGAUGUGGUGACACUGAAGUGCAACAGUAAGGACUCUAGCAUGCUGAUGUCUCUUACCUACAACUGUGUCCUCAUCAUCCUCUGUACCUUUUACGCCUUUAAGACAAGAAAGUGCCCAGAGAACUUCAACGAGGCCAAGUUCAUCGGCUUCACCAUGUAUACCACGUGCAUUAUCUGGCUGGCAUUCCAACCAAUCUUCUAUGUUACUGCCAGUGACUACAGGGUACAGACCACCACCAUGUGCAUCUCUGUGAGUCUGAGUGGUUCAGUGGUGUUGGGCUGUCUCUUCGCUCCAAAGAUCCACAUCAUCCUCUUCCAGCCCCAGAAGAACGUCAACACGCACACCCGAGUGGCGACCACCCGAUUCAGUGUGACCACCGGCCCAGGCUCAAGCUUCUCUCAAGCCUCAGCCUCAAACAUCGUGCCUACAGUAUGUAAUGGCAGAGAGGUAGUGGACUCAACAACAUCUUCACUCUGAAAAACAGGAUCCCUCUUUGUUUGCCAAAUGGGGUAUACAGAUAAAUCUUAUCACUAGUCAUGAAAUCAAGUGUUGCUAAUGUUGAGGAGGCUGUUCUGAAUAAAGAAUGCCUGUUAUGUUGUUCUCAACGUGCUGUGAGUACAAAUCCAAUUUUAUUUCUCUCUCUCUCUCUCUCUCUCUCUCUCUCUCUAUGACUAGUUAGAUAAUAUCAGUGGGAUGCCAGUUUAAAAUCUGUCUUUUUAUGGAAACCAUAAUAAAGUAUUGUUUGAGAUAUGGAGUAAAUCUGUUUAAAGUAUUAUACACAGGAUGUUUUUAAUGUAGAUUUAUGGUGAUUCUGGU